GAUCACAUGUAUAGAGAGAGAGCUAUAAAACCACACGGAACGAGAGUUCAAUGGCUCUAUAAAACACUCAUUCUCGAAGUUACAGAGACUUUUAGUUCCAGAGACCUCGAAAAUGAAGUUCCUCGUCCAUUUUUAUACUCUCCUUCUCAUUAAUGGAGCUCUCUCUGUUACCCCCUGCCCCAGUCAAGACAGAGCAGCUCUCCUCAAGUUCAAAUCCGCCAUGAAUGAACCCUAUCUCGGGCUCUUCUCCACCUGGACUGGUUCAAACUGUUGCCAAAACUGGUAUGGAGUUAGCUGCGAUCCAAUGGAUGGAAGAGUCGUUGAUAUAAACCUGAGAGGCGAAUCAGAGGACCCUAUCAUCGUCAAAGCUGGAAGGCCAGGUCUAAUGGCCGGUAAAUUACCAUCUGAAAUUUGUGCUCUGAAUCGCCUCAGUACACUGGUUUUAGCCGACUGGAAAAACAUUUCCGGCGAGAUUCCUGCUUGUAUAACCUCACUCCCCUUUCUCCGCACCCUUGAUCUCGUCGGAAAUCGGUUUUCCGGAGAGAUUCCGGCCGAGAUCGGACGGCUCUCGAGGCUCGCGGUGUUGAAUCUCGCGGACAAUCAAUUUACCGGCCAUAUUCCAACCUCUAUAGUCCAGAUCCAAUCCUUAAUGCACCUAGACCUGAGCAAUAACAAACUUUCCGGCCCUCUUCCGUCUGAUUUUGGCUGGUUAAGGAUGCUCAGUCGCGCCUUACUAAACCGGAAUCAGCUCUCCGGGCCAAUUCCGGCGUCCAUUUCCCGCAUGAACAGGUUAGCCGACCUCGACCUCUCUCGAAACCAAUUCUCCGGUCAGAUUCCGACAUCCAUAGGACAAAUGUCGGUGCUCUCCACCCUUUAUCUCGACAUGAAUCACUUCUCCGGCUCUAUUCCGGCCACCAUCCUAAAGAUGCCGGGACUCAGUAUUUUGAAUCUCAGCCGCAACGAAAUUAACGGCGAAAUACCGGAUGUUUUUGGCGAAAGAUCCUACUUCACUUCGCUCGAUCUUUCGUGGAAUAAUUUCAGGGGCAAGAUCCCGCAAUCGAUGGCUAGGGCUUUGUUUAUCGGGCACUUGGAUCUAUGCCACAAUCAUUUGUGCGGUCAGAUCCCUAAAGGAUCACCGUUCGAUCGUUUGGAGGCGGCCUCAUUUGUGAGCAACGAUUGCCUAUGCGGCCUCCCGUUAAAGGCCUGUAAUUGAGAACGCGGCACGUGAUUGUCUUUAUAGCGACCGUUGUUUAUUGUUGUCAGGUGGGUGGGUAGGUGUUUAUAACUCUGUAACAACCGUUAUUUAUUGUUGCAUGGGUCCCAAAUGAUGGUAAUAUCUUUGUUAUUUAAAAGUUCAAGGGCUUUUUCUCAAGAUUAGAACAUGAAGUUGAGUUUUUAACGAAAGUGGAAUGAUUGAAAGUGAGUCUUCGUUUUCUUGGGGUUUGGGCAUCGUUGGUAAAGGGGGUUGAUUCCCAUGUAAAACGUCGCCCCCUCUUUUCGACUUUUAAGGUCAAAUGGUAUCGACGUGCUCGACGUCUUGAAUUU